UAUAUAAAGAGUUCAAAUUCCAUUCUAUUAUCCCAUCACAAAUUACAUCACUCAGCAUUUUAGCUUAAAAAAAGCUACUUAAAUUAAGCUCAUAAUUUGAAAAAGAGCUUAUUUAGUCGCCAUGUCUAGGUUUCCAAUUAGAAAAAUUUUGUACCUUCUUGUUUCUUUGACAUUGCUUGUAGCAUCCACUCAUGCUCAGCUUAGUUCUACUUUUUACGACACGAGUUGCCCUAAUGUGACGAGUAUUAUACGCGGAGUCAUUCAACAAGCUCGACAGAGUAAUGUUCGAACUGGCGCUAAACUUGUUCGACUUCACUUUCACGAUUGCUUCGUUCAAGGGUGUGACGGAUCAGUUCUACUUGAUAGUUCACCUGCAGACGGCAUAGUGACCGAGAAAAAUGUAUUUCCAAACUCGAACUCAUUAGUUGGAUUCGAAGUUGUCGAUGCCAUUAAAACUGCGGUAGAGAAUGUUUGUCCUGGCGUCGUUUCUUGUGCUGAUAUUUUGGCUAUUGCAUCCGAAGUUUCGGUCGUUUUGGAUGGAGGACCAUCAUGGCAAGUGCAGCUGGGAAGAAGAGACAGCAGAACAACUAGUCCCGGAGAUGUUACCAGCUCUCUUCCUUCUUCUACUGAAGGCCUUUCUGCUAUCACUUCCAAAUUCUCUGCUCUUGGACUUGAUACAACCGAUCUUGUUGUUUUAUCUGGUGCUCACACAUUUGGACGGGCGAGAUGUGUGACAUUUCAAAAUCGGCUCUUUAUUUUCAGUGGUUCGGGAAGUCCCGACUCGUCAAUAGACCCGACAUUAACUUCCUUACAGCAAGCAUGCCCUCAGGAUGGAAGCAAUCGCCAAUCACUCAACAAUCUCGACGUGACAACUCCGAACAAUUUCGAUAACAACUACUUCGUCAACCUUCAGAACAAUCGAGGACUUCUCCAAACCGAUCAAGAGCUGUUUUCGACGAAUGGGGCGCCUACGAUCCCGAUUGUCAACCGGUUUGCCGGCCGCCAGAGUGAUUUUUUUGAUAGCUUUACUAAGUCUAUGAUCAAGAUGGGUAAUAUUAGUCCUUUGACAGGAAACAGUGGGGAGAUUAGGGCUGAUUGCAAGAGGAUUAAUUGAUCAUAAAUUUUACUCUAUGGUUAAACUUCAUAUGCAAACACAUACACACACAUACAUAUACAUAUAUGAAUAUAAACGUAUAUGUAUAUAUGAUCAAUUGGGCGAGUUUGCAAGUUGGGAAGUCUGGUAUAAUUAAAGGGUGGUCUUAGAAUUUCCUUUGUUACCAAAUGUAAUAAGGGCAAUAAUCCAAUGUCAUGCCAUGUCCUUUUCUUUAGAGUGAGUGUUUUGUGUUGGUUUUUA